GCUGUGACCCCACUGUCACUGCCCCAUGACAGGAGCACUGGGAGGAUGAGCAGGGUGCCCCGGUGAGCCGGGAGCUGCUGCUGCUGGUGCUGCAGGAUCUGGAGGGCAUCUUCAUCCGGGCGGUGUACGACGGGCGCAUGGCCAGCGUGGGGCUCAGCGACGUGGCCAUGGAUGUCACCAGCGCCGGGGACACCGGCCUGGGGCCAGCUGGCAAUGUUGAGGAGUGCAGGUGCCCCGUGGGCUACACGGGGCUGUCGUGCCAGCGCUGUGCCCCCCGCUUCGAGCGGGUGACCAGGGGACCCUACCUGGGGACCUGCUCCGGCUGCGGCUGCCACGGCCACUCCAGCACCUGCGACCCCGUGUUUGGGCACUGCCUGAACUGCCAGCACAACACAGAGGGGCCACAGUGCGAGAAGUGCAGACCCGGCUUCUUCGGCGAUGCCACCAAGGGCACGGCCACUGCCUGCCACCCCUGUCCCUGUCCCUACACAGAGCCCUCACGCAGAACUGGAGGAGGCACUGGCCCGUACUGGGAGCACUGA